CAGAUUCUUUGCCGCAAAGAACGAAGUAAAGAAAGUUCGGUACUAUAUCACGCGAUUCCACAUGAAUGUAAAAUGUAAAUAAAUUUAUAAAUAAGUAUCUAUAACUUUGUAAGGAAUAAAACAAAUAUUGCUUCUAAUGCAGUCAGAAGUGUUAUUUUCCUACAUUUCCAUACGAGACACUUCACAUACCAUCAUGCUUUUCUACCAACCUGAAUUGUAUUAAAUACCAUGUUGAACCAGCUAAUUUUUAACUGUACAUGCUUAAUAUUAUUAACUGAAAUUAAUUAUACUGAGUAUCAUGCUUAACAAAUAUAUAGCAAAUUUAACUUACAUGUGGUAAGUAUGUUCAAUCAGCUUAAUUCUUAACUAAAUAUAAAUUACAUAUGCUUAGUAACACGCUGUGCAAUAAAUAUUACGUUUAACAUCUGAAUUUGACGUAUAUGCUUUUAUUAUUUGACUUCAUGUUUUAUUUCUAAGCGGGGUUAGGAAGCGUAAUCGUAUAUCAUUAAAAUCGCCGAGAUUGGCGACAGUCCUUUUCUUGUCGCUAACGUGUUCUCAGCGAAAGCGGCAGCGUUUUUUUUGCGGAAGUGCCUCUCGCGAUGUAAUUCUUAUUUCAUAACUUAAUGAAGUAUUUGUGAUAAAAGAAUCUAGAUUCUUUGUUGUGAUACACUUAUUGACGAAUGUAAAGAAUUAUUCUGAGAAUUUUUCCUUUCUAUUUGAUUUGUUUUUAUAUUGUUUCAACUAAAAAAAUAGCUUCGCUACUUUUCUGUGAAAAACUGAUGAAUAUAUUAUUAUUAAAAUUCGUGAAACAGAUUUCUAUAAUAAAUAUGGAGAAGUGAGAUUGUUAAUUUGUAAUCUCUGUGGAUGAUGCUGUAAUGACAAUUGUAAAAGCAGAUAAUUAUGGAAUGUGUGCCAAAGUUAUUCCCAAUGUGGCAUGAAUUGGGUUAUAAAAGUAUCAUGAAACAUAAGAAUUUUAGGUUUGCCAAUAGUAAACUACCUGAUUAUGGAGGAAUGGGCAUAGACAUGAUUUUAGAUGGAGCUGAAAUAAAAUGGAAUGUUUUAAAGCAUACUGUUGAUCAAACAGGCUUUAAAGCAAAUCUUUGUGCUCUACCUUUCAUCCCAGCAAAUAAAGUUGAAACAUUGGAUGACCCUUGUUUGGAACCUGUCAAAGAAAAAAAAGCUAAUAUUAAAAAGUUUUGUAUCAAGUUAGAAUCUUUAAGAAAAAGUGUAAAUUCGAGAGGCAAAGAAAGGUAUAAAGAUGAAAUUCUUUCUUUAUAUAAAAAGAUUAAGAAAAUGUCUAAUUUAGGUCAGUUUGAAAAAAUUUUGAUACCAGAAUAUAUUGUGCAACUUGCAAAUGAAAUUCCUGAGCAAGUCUUUUGUCCAGAUAUUAAUUUUUCAUAUGCAGGUGGCUGUUUAACUACUUCCAAGAGAUUAGACAAUAAAUAUGUUCUGCUGUAUUCCACUGGAAGGAAGUUUGAUAGACUGGCCAUGACCACUUUGGAAGAAAAUCACGAGCCAUAUAAAUGUCUUAGAGCUGUUGAAACUGUUAAUGUCAAAUUAAAGAGAGGCAACAUUUUACAAGUUGUAAGUAAUUUUAAUGAUCAUUCCAUCUUGCAUAGCCUGUGCAAUGCUGAUGAUGUAACUCUCAUAACUGAAAUCUUUCCAACAUAACUCAAAACCAACCUUUCUCUUAACAGACUGCCAGAUUGGAUUAAUACGCAGUUAGUUUGCAGCUCUGUUGCCACUUGGACGCUUUUUCAUUUUUCUUGUGCUUUGUCAUACUGCUAACUACGCCGUUAUUAAAAAUGUGUUACUGUAUAGAAAAUUGUGGCCUGUGUGUUGCACCCAUGAUCAUGUGUGAUGAAAAAUAUGUUUUCAAUGAUUAGUUCAUGUCCAGCAAUAAAGGUUAUGUGCAGUCGGCUACAAGUCUUUCCUUCGAGUGUCAUCUUUCUAAUUAUGAUGCAGCAGACUCUGCAAGUUAUUGUCAUAUAUGCAUGUAUAUAUGUAAAAUAUAAAAUAUAGCUUUCAAAUAAUAAAUUAAUAGCCCUUUAACUUUCGUUUCUUUCUAAAAAUAACAGCAAUAAAUUUGUCUCCCUACAGUUUUGAUGUGCACCAACUAUAUAAUAAUUAUUUGGUCAAAUUUUCAGGAAUUCUAUUUUUCAAAUUAUUUCUUUUUAUUUGCUAAUGCUUUAAUACUUUCUCUCCAAAAAAUUUCUCUCACCCAGUCCUUUUCUUCUUGAAAGGGGGAUAUGUAAAAUAUAAAAAUCUAACUUUCAAACAAUUAAUUAAUAGCCCUUUAACUUCCAUUUCAUUCUAAAAAUGACAAAAUAAAUUUGUCUCCCUGCAGUUCUGAUGCUCACUUACCGAUGAAAUCUGAACCCAAAAUCUUGUUCAUUAAAGUGUCAUGUCAUCUGAACUGGAAUUUGGUAUAAAAAGGUCAGUUGCAUCACAACUCCCUCCCUUCUUCCUCUGAAGUACUGCGACUCUCUCUCUGCUCGCUUCUAUGAAAGUAGUAUCAAAAUUAUUCUGAAAAUAGUAACGAUUGGAGUGCCAAGUGAAUUCUGGCCUCCAGUGUGAAUUUAAAUAAAUAUGGGAUUUAAUCUGGCUCGACUGCUUCUUAUUCAAAAUGGAUGGACAUUGUAAGCAUCAAAUAUCUUCGCAAUCAGCAUUUCUAUGCAUCUAAUACAUCUUACAUCAGUCCUUCCAAAUUUGUGCUUUUAUUACAUUCUUUGGCCAGUUUUAAUUAUGAAGAAAUCUGCACUGGUUUUUUAUUCGAUGUUCACAGUGAAUCACGGUCCUGUUUCACCGAAAAUUUUAAUGCAAGUUUGUGCUUCAUUGAUAAUCAAAUCAUUCGUGCCAUGUGACCGAACUGCAGUUUUAUUACAUAUAUAUGUAUA